CACGACACGGCGUCGGUCUCGGCUCCUUGUAUCCGACUUGUAUCUGAUAGUGUGCGUACAUAUAUAGCAAACCUGGUGUCUUGCGGCCCCAAAUUCAGAUCUGAGGAGGGAUCGAGGAAUUGGAGUAAAUAUAGGAGCUUAGGAACCGACCGCCCAGGGAUCUUGCAGCGGAAUCGUCCAUGGCGGCGGCGCUUCGAUUUGCGGCGAGGAAGGUCAGCGGUCGCGCCCUUCAACAGGCGACGGCUUUCGUACCGCCGUCGCCGGCGGUUAGAGAGGAACAACGGCGGUUGUUGCCGAGGCUUAUCCCCGGCGCCGGCGGCCGGAUGCCGCUCCUCCGCUCAUUCAGCUCCGCCGGAGCUGCUCCAAACAAUAAAAAGCAUGAUCAUUUGCCUCAAUCAAAACAUAUCGUGGAUGUGGAGCUGGAGCUGUCUCGUAUCCCUGCGAGCAUUAGGCCACAAGUCAAGACCUGGUAUGACCGGCAUUUUCCUCACGCAGAACCUACUGUGAACGGGGAGUCUGGUAUCAGCAACAAAGAACCUGCUAGCCUUAGGGCACAAGUCGAGGAGAAGAAAAUCGAGCUGUUCCAUCUGCUAUCGCAGCUGGAAUAUAGUGGUGAGAACUCCAACCUGGAGGACGAAAGGAUACUCAGGCAGCUUCCGCCAUACCGUGAACUUAAGCACCUAGUUAAUGGUUACGGAAUAAAGCUAGUCGUGAAACGGAUUGCAAUAGCUUCUGUUCUGAGCGCCAUUUUCAUAACGGCGAUGGUGAAGAUGUGAAUCCACAAAGUUUGGUAGCUGGAAGCAGGAUGACGCUGCAAUUAUCAAUUCGUAUAAGUCUUUCUAGGGACUCAAGUGCUAGUGUUGAUUCAUUUUGCUGUACGCUAAUUUGCCUGCUACUGUGUGAGACUGAAGUUUUCAAAUACUGAGUGGUAACUUUUUAAAUUCUGAGUUGAAAGUUUCAAUUACUGUUGGAAAGUUUU